UUUUAGGCCUUUCGGGCUUUCCGUAGCUGCGAGACUCGGCGCGUAGAGCCGCGGGACAUGUUGGGAGAUUUGUUGCUCCCGGGAGGCUGCGUGUGUCCGUGUGUUACUUCACAUCAUGGCUCUUAACUACCAGACGUCGACGCUUUCGAUGACUCUGCCGAUCUCGUGCCAGAUAUGUCUCGGGAAGGUCAGACAGCCGGUGAUAUGUGGCAACCACCACGUGUUCUGCUCGUCCUGCAUGGAAAUGUGGCUAAAGAAGGCGAGCCAGUGUCCCACCUGCAGGGUCCCCAUCACAGCAGAGAGCCCCUGCAGAGAGAUCAUCGGAGGUUCCAAUGAGAGUGAUCACAGUGACGGCCCUUCCAUGAGGAAAUGUCUCCGGAAAACCAGAGGAGAACUGCUUUUACGGGAGUACGAGAAAUCCAUAAGCAGUGUCUCUCAGGGAGAAAUUGAAGGUCUCAUCAGAGAAAACGAGGAGCUGAAAACCAAGAAUCAAAGUCUGGAGGCACAACUGAAAACUGCUCUGGAUCCCUGCAGCAUUAAUACAGAGCAAACAGAUGACAUGAGCGUUGACCCCAGUGUCCUGGAAGAAAUGAAAAACAGGCUGCGGGCCGCCACAGAUGUCUGCGAUAAAGUAAAACAGGAUAUGGACAAACUAAAAGAGGCAAACAAGGCAUUACGAUCUCAAAAUGUCGACCUUGUACAAGAGAACAUGAGACUGAAGGCAGAGGUGGUGAGCAGAUCUCCUCAGAAGUUUGGUCGUUGCACGGUGGCAGCACUGGAGGCUAAAAUCCAGCUGUACGAGCGUGACGUGGACCAUCUGAAGAGGGCUCUGGAGCGCAGUGACCAGUACAUUGAAGACCUGGAGUCCCGGGUCACAAAGUCGGAGAAGAGAAGUCCUGAAGGGCAGGAAGGGUGUGGGAGCAGCAAGGCUGUGACGGAAGCUCUCACACGGCAACAGAAAAUCAGCAUGAUGAUGAGGAGCUUGAGUGACAAUGAGAGGGCGUCAAUCUGCAGCAACCCGGAGACAGAGUGUCGCACGAUCUCGAGAAAUCACAGUUUGACGUUCGUGCCGUCUGCAGACCACAAAGAGUUUAAUAAGAAUCUGGCUGCAGAUAAGAAUAGCGAGGACUUGGAGAACAGCUCCUGUGACUUGCUGCCCACCACUCCGUCGUCUGCUUUCCGUUCCCUGACUUUGAGAAGCCCUGGCAUCCGUGAAAAGAGAGUCGCAUUUAAGCCCGGGUCUUAUCUGAGGAAGCUUGAUUUUGAAGAUUUUCCAAAUCUUGGUAAGACGGACAGUGCCAUUGAGAACCACUUCAACAUCCUCGACAAGUACACCAAAAGCUUGCCUCCGACAACUGACGUGGAAACCUCAAAGUCUGACUUCUGGGGCGAUUGGCCGAGAUCUAACUCGACCGACCAGCCAUGUCCAGGUCCAAGUAAAGAAAGCCCGGUUGAAGAAUCCCCAUCCACCGACCUCGAAGGUGACGAACCUGAGAGUUACCAUAUGUCCAGCGAGGCCUCCAUGGAUGCAGCUUAUCUGGACAAAAUCUCAGAGCUGGACUCCAUGAUGCUGGACGGAGAGAGUUCUAGUAGCAGAGGAUCACAGCUCUCCCUGGUCCCGUCCCCUCCCGCGGACUUGGACCACACUCUAAUCCCAGAACCCCAAACCUGCCCUGGCGUCAUGUCAACCCACAAUGGCAAUGACCAGAAGAACCACCCACCAGGUGACGACACGGAUGGCACCUCGAUUGACAAAGUGGCUCCAAAAGGCGCUGCGGAGGAAGGGUUUGCAGCGCAGGUGUCAGGUAGGGAGAGUCGGGUCAAUGUUUCUGAUUGCGUGGAGGACGAUGGUCUCUCCCAGACUGAAGAACUGUCUUUCGAUUUGCUGUUCGAUUCGCUGGAAGACAAUCAGGAAGGUCCCUCCGGCUCUCUGAGUCCGGCAGGCAAAGACCACGACCACGUGAGCCCCUCCUCCUCCUCUUUCAGCUGCAAUGGAAAACCUGCGAACACAACGAGAGACAGACACGCACUCAUCAUCAGUCAGCCAACGAAGAGGAAGUCUCACAGUCCUUUUAGCACAAGCAGUCCCACGAAACUUUCGAAGCUCAUGUGAAGAAGGUUUUAAAGGGGCGAGACCUGUGUGUUCUCACAGUGCCAUACACUGAUGUGUCCGCUUUCACAUGUACACACGAUUGGUGACAUUAACUUCAUGUUGCUUCAUAUUAAUCUACACCUGAGCAUCACAUUCACACAUGUUUUGUCAUUUUGUCUUUCAGAUAGUUAUUUGUGUAGUGUGCUUGUUGCUCUAGGUAGCAGUUAAAUAGCCAUUAAGGCCGAUCUUGACUCUAGUCUGAUCAUGUGUGCGUUGUAAUUGAGCAAAACUAAAACAGACACUUCGGUGUUGGUCUGUGUUAGUGCAUCACUUCUGGUGCAGAGUCUUCCUUCAGCCCUCUCGAAUGUCACGUGUCGGUCAUUUCUAGCAAUUCAGGAAACAUGGUAAUCUUUUUAUGAUGACAUGCAAUACUGAAGAUGGAUGACUAUCAUGAAAAAUGACAUUUUGAAUUAAAUAUGGCAACAUAAGAGUGUGUUAGGAAAUAAAAAAGUAAUGCAAUGUAUGAAGCUUAA